AUUGAAAAAAAAACAUUUAUUCCAAAUUAAUAUAAAAAAAGAUUUAUAUUCCAAUAGAUUCCAAAUUUUCUUCGUAUUCGUUGCAUUAUAAAGAAACAUAAUAUUACGGUGGUCGUGUUUAAUGAAUAAAAAAGAAAAGAAUAAACAGAUAAUGUAACUAUAACUUCAACAAGAAGUUUUGGCUUUCAGACAUAGUUAGUGAGUUAUUUACAAUCGGUUCAUCAUUGGCGUUUGACGAGAUCACGUUGCCGAUCAGAGAGUUCGAUCAUCUUUCAUUAUAUGUAGUAUAUACCUUUCAAUUUUCUCAUCUUGCAAUCAGAGUCGUUUCAUAUGUAUAUAUAUACAUACAUAUAUAUACAUAUAUAUGUGUAUAUAUAUAAAUAUAUGUAUGUAUAUAUAUAUAUAUAUAUCCCAACACCAUUAACGGCAAUGCAAAGGUCGAUGAUCGAGGAAGUAGAGAAAGGAUGUGUUAGAUCAAAGCGACAAAGAAAAUCACGUAGUGAUGCAGUAGACAAGCCUUGACCUACCUUUCCGAUUAACCUUCGUAUGGUCAAGUACAUAAUGGCAUCUUCCAGGAUCCUCAUAGUAAUCAUCGGGAUUAAAUGAAAGUGACUACGAUCUAUCGAGAUGAUACAAACGAGUCUCGUUUGCGACGUAUUUUAUAGCAAUCGAUCAAUCAGCGAUCAUCAGUGAUUUGCAACAAAUCAAGAUAUAUCUUUCGUAUCUCUCUCUCUCUCUUUUUCUCUCUUAUCAUAGUUGAACCAGUUAUUUGUGAACGAUAGAUCGUGUUGUCAUUUGGUGACAAAACAAUAUGUAACAUGUACUUUGUACAUAUAUCGUAGGAUUACGUCAGUGAAAUUAUACUGUUGAUGAUAUUAUUAUAGGUAAGUAAAUGUUCGAGUUCACUUUUCGAACUGUUUCGACUUUCUCUUCAGAGGCGUCAAGACGUUAUUAUAAUUGAAAUCGAUUAUUAGUAUGUAUAUAGGACAGCCUUCUAUUUUCUUUUAGAAUUUCUUAAAGAAUUUAACACGGUACAUCGAUCGUCGUCCUACUUAUAUAUAUACAUACAUACAUAUAUAUAUAUGUAUGUACGUAUAUUUAUAUGUAUCAUUAAAUUCAUUCGAGCCGAUAUCGAUUCGAUCGUUAAUCAAAUAUAAGAUUUAUUAGAUGAGAAUUAAAAACCAAUAAAAAAAAAGAAAAAAAAAAUGAAUUGAACAAUCGUGCGAAAAAGAUUAAUAAAUCUAUAGAAGCGAUCAUUGACCUGACCGGUCCAUGGGACAAUCAAUUUGUUUUUUUUCUCUUUCUCUUUUCGAACAUACGGAGGACGAUCCCGUUAACGCAUACGUUUCGUGCGAGUGGGUCACCGGUACCAUGCCAGCUUUUUACUCAUAGCUACGUCAGUAUACGUAGUAAAUACGGGAAUCGGUCUUUGGUUACAUCGGAUAAAAUAAUAGAAAGAGAGAAAGACAGGUCCGGCCUAAUACAAUGUCUUAAGAAUUAUAUAUCGAGAUAUAUUAAGAAUUCAACCUUGUAUUCUUUUUCUUUUUUGUUUUCUUCUUUUUUUUUUGUUUUUCUUCUUCAACCUCUAACGAGAUCUUAUCAAUACUCGAUAGAAAUCCUUCGAUCGUAUAUAGAUAGAAUUGAUCGUCUCUAUCGUAAAAAUGUAAAAUAAAAAGAAGGAUUUAAUUAUGAUCAUAAUUAAGAUCGUUAUUCGAUUUGAAAAAAUACAUGGAAUAUAAAAAUAUUUAAAGGAUCGUUUUUAAUAUAUUACGAAAUUAUGCGAAAUGAUAUAUAAUUUGUAUAGAUCGUUAUCGAAGUGAUCGAUGACGAUAAAAUUUACAAGGACUUUCUUUUCUUACGGCCCUGGAUCGACCGGUCGUACUCUGAAAGUAUCUCGCGUGGUUACCUUUGGAAGAGCGUAUCCACGCGGUGUCAGUUUGUUUCAAUCCACCGUACUAACGUGAACUCGUUCGUCCUUGCGCGGGAAAAAAAUCUACGAUCAGAUCGAAGGACGAAAGGGAUCGUCCUACGAAAGUACGAAAGAUAUUUUAAAUCUCAAUCGUGUGACGUCGAUUGCGAGGAUCGACGAAAAUGAAGAUUGCUGCGACCUUAUUUCUUUUUGUCGUCGUUGGCUGCACAUGGCGGGCUACGCUAGGCACAUGCGUCUUUCAAUCCGACUUCGGUUUUGCGCUUAACUGCGCCUUCAAAAAAUCUGGCCUCUUCCGGGUACGAAACCUCGGAGGUGUCAAAGGUUACCUUGGCUUGGGAUUCACGGUAGGUGACGAGCUAGGAUUUAGGGAGUCCCUAUCGAAUGUGGAAAGUGCAAGAAGGAGAAGCGUACAAACUGGAAAGACUGGUCUUUCUGUUGGUUCUACAAACUUGGCCACAAACCGGAACGAUAAUCAACAAAAAGCAAGACAAGUGGUACCUCCUUUCAAACCUUUGCCAGUAGGGAUGAGCCGUCCAAUGAGUCAACAACCGGAACGUCAAAAAUUGGUAGUUCAACAAAAUUCAACGGCUCUUAGGACGGUAGCUGCACCGUCCUUGGGUACACAAGAAGAUAUGAUAAAGUAUCAACAACAACAGGAGGCAAAGUUGAAGCAACAGCAAAAGCUUCAACAGGAGACUCUUGCUUUGCAAGUGUUGAAGCAACAGAGACAACAACAGCAGGAAGCGAUGCGUCAACAGCAUAUACAAAAGAUGCAACAACAAUACAAGCAACAACAGUUGUUGACUCAGCAACAACAGCAACAAAAGCAACAGAUGAUGGCUCAACAGCAAAAACAGAUUCUCGCGAUGCAAGCCAAGAGGAUACAGGCCGCGAUCGCAAUAGCAACUACAACGAAAGCUCCUAAUGUCGUCCCAGCGAUAACGAAUAUAGUACAAUCCGACCAUUUAAAACCUGUUUCGGCGGCACUCACUUCCACGGCUAGCAAUGGCUUACCACCUUUCAUCGCCAUGCCUCAAUCGUCUUCCAGACUUACCGAUAGGAUCAGCAAUAGCGCUACGGUACUCGACGAUUCUGAUAAUGAAGUAUCUAAGGACGACUAUAAUCAGCUUCCGUUGCCAGGCGAAGAAGCUGCAUCCUCUGUGAAUAAAAUGACUUUGCUCUCUCUGCAACCAAUCGCGACGGCCGAACCCGCUCAAAGUUUACCUCUUCAACAAAAUGAAAAACGACAGUCGUUACCAGCUUCCUUACCUUCGUUAGCACCGAUUCAAGGGAUGGAAACGUCCUUGAAAGCAUUAGCCGAGGCAAGUAAUAUAACGCUCGAAGCGUUAGAGGCAGCUAUCCUUUUGAGGCAGCAACAACUUAUGCAGAAACAGAUGGGACCCAGUACAACUAGCACGACGACGACCACGACGACUCUUUCGCCCCUCGUUAAAAACAAAUACGGUAAUCCCGCUGCUACGAAAGUAAUGAACGCUCCGCACGAAUAUUAUCCCGUAGGAUACGACAAAAACUUUGACGAUAAUUUUGCAAGUCGAGUUGAUCUACCUGACACCAGUUUCUACUGUGGCGAUCAAAAACAUUUUCCAGGUCUUUACGCCGACGAGGAUUUAGGAUGUAUGGUCUUUCAUGUAUGCGCAUUAACCGAUGACGGCCUGAUCAUGAAGAGCUUUCUGUGUCCCGAGUCUACGCUUUUCGAUCAAACGAUCCUGAAAUGUAACUGGUGGUUCUACGUCGACUGUCCAGCUUCGAAAAAUCUCUACGACAGCAAUAUUCCAAUCAGCAAGAGUUAUCAGCUGAUGAAGGCUCUCGCAUUUUUCUCUGCUUAUAAGAAUCACGAUAACGGUACCGUUUCAACGAAGGAAAAUAUAGACAGUGACGUUGCUCGAACGUAAUAUUCGAAUUAUCUGAUAAAAGAAUAACGUCGAUAAUUCAUCGCUCUUCUCCUUUUAUAUUCGUAGCCAUUAAUCUUAAUCAAAAAAAGGGGGCGUAUGACGUCGCCGAGUCAUCCGUGCAUUAAAGUUAUCUAAGAAAAACCGUCGAGAAAAAAACAACAAAAAAGAAGAAAAAAAAGAAAGAAAGAAAGAAAGAAAAGAAACGAAACGCACAACUUCAUCAGCGAGAUAUACGUGAACUUAAUCAUUUUUUAAGUAGGA